CUAUGCGGAUCUGCAAGUUAAAUUAGACCUAAAUUUGAAUCGAGCUCUGUUUCCAUUCUUGGAUGGCAGUAAUCACUGUUUCUAAGCUCUGUAAGAUCGUACGUGUGCGAGCUAGGAGAGCUUUUAUUACUUACAUGCAUCUGAUUACACUUCGUCUAAACAGUGUGUUCAAAUUAAGUGUCUUUAUUGUGCAGUGAUCGAUUAUGCGCUUGGCUUGUUUGUGAUAUCGACUAAAAUAUGCAAAAAUUUUCGAAAAGCUGGAUCCACAUAAUACAGUUGCUUUCCUUUUGUAUUCUAGGAGUAAAAUGUCAACUGAAUCUCUUAGAGGCAGAAGCUGAGGGUCCAUGUGCAAAUUUCAGAAUAGGCGAUGAUGAUCUGCAAGCUUACGACUUUAUUAGGCAAUUUAAACUGGAUUUGUUAGGAUCCCAAUCUUCAGGAGUGAGCAAAGUGGUUGGUUCUAGUUCACUACAAACUGCUUAUCGGUUCCAACGAUAUGCAGAUGUUACCGUACCCACAAGGAACAUUUUUCCUUUUGGAUUACCAGAACAAUUCUCAUUUAUUUCGACAUACCGAGCCAGUAGAAUCACACGCACAGCUUGGCACAUGAUAAGACUUACGAAUUUACAGCACAGACCCCAGUUCUUUGUGGCUCUAAACCCGAGACAGCAAAGCAUUGAUUUUGCAAUCUCAAACUAUGAAGGCCAAUUGCAAACUUUGAGAUUUAACAACGCUAAGGUUUUCGACACAAACUGGCACAAGAUACAUUUUGGAGUUUUCAGAGAUCGAGUUCGAUUAUUUGUCGAUUGUAAGGAUAUGCAGGAAAAACCGAUGCAACUUCGUGGACCGAUGGAUAUUAAUGGAAACAUAUCCAUUGCAAAAUUUGCUAAUUCGAGGGAAUCAGUUCCGAUCGAUUUGCAAUGGAUGUUGAUGAGUUGCGAUCCCACAAGACCUCAACGUGAACUCUGCCAGGAAAUACCCAAGAUUGAUGAGUUUAAAGAAGUUCCCCCAGUAUACAUUCCUGCACCACCAGCGGCUCCAAUAUCGCCCAGACCCUCCUGCGAAGUUGUUUGCCCAAGAGGACUACCUGGUUACAACGGGACUGAUGGACUUCCGGGAGAUAGAGGAAACCAGGGAUUUCCAGGGUUACCGGGACCGCCAGGACCUCGAGGUGAAAGAGGAGAAUUCGGACGACCUGGAUAUGCAGGAACCCCUGGCCUUCAAGGUCUUCCAGGCAUAAGGGGACUCGCCGGCAAUCCCGGUCCGGAAGGGCGUCCAGGAAUCAAUGGAACACCGGGAUCAAAAGGCAACAAGGGGGAAUCCGGAUUAGCCGGUCCAAAAGGAGAUCGAGGCUUAGAUGGCUUUUCCGGAAGACCCGGAGAUCGUGGGCCUGAAGGCCCGCCAGGUCCUCCCGGCUUAGCUGCCCCUGCACGAGAAGAAACUUUAAUUGAAGGCCCACCUGGACCUGUAGGUCCCAGAGGAAUGCCCGGAUUACCAGGCGAAGAGGGACAGGUAGGACCGAGAGGAUUUCCCGGUGCACCUGGAAAAGACGGCAAUGAGGGGCAAGUGGGCCCAAUAGGUUUCAAAGGAAACAAAGGAGAGCAAGGAAGUCCUGGAGUGGCAGGCAUGCCAGGCCUAACGGGGCCUCCGGGUCCCCCAGGAUUGACCACAGGUAGCGAAAUCGGGCAGGUAAUCGCCGGCCCGCCCGGUCCAAGAGGCGAGCAUGGGUUUCCAGGUGCGCCUGGACCAAAAGGAAACCAAGGGGAUAGAGGCGAGCCUGGUGCAAAGGGCGAAAUUGGAUCAAUCGGAUAUCCUGGUGUACCUGGCCUGGACGGCGUUCGAGGUCCACCAGGAAAAGAAGGCUUACCCGGCCUGGAAGGCCCGAAAGGUCUACCAGGUUUCAUCGGACCUCCUGGAGCACCUGGGCCGAUUGGCAACCCUGGAGCUUCAGGUCCAGCAGGUUCGCCUGGCCCUCAGGGGGCUCAUGGGAUGAAAGGAGACGCUGGUGAACCAGGCAGGCCAGGACUACCAGGCCUAUCUGCAAGUGAGGGCGAUAGAGGAUUACCAGGAGCACCUGGACUAACUGGCCCACAAGGACAAUCAGGUGAAAAAGGAGAACGCGGAUUUUCAGGUUUACCCGGACCACCAGGUUUGAGUGGAAUACAAGGCCCACCCGGACCAGAGGGAAUUAGAGGUCCCCCUGGAAAGCAGGGUUCUGUGGGACCGAAAGGAGAAUCUGGUGCUAGGGGAUACUCUGGUGCUCCGGGUAAUCCGGGAAUGGAUGGAAAACCUGGCACUUCCGGAAUUCAGGGGUAUAAAGGUGAACGUGGACAGGAAGGUCAACAAGGACCCAUUGGACCAAGAGGAUAUACUGGGAAUCAAGGCAACUCAGGUCUUCCAGGGCCACAAGGACUGCCAGGUUUGCCUGGUCCUGAAGGGAAGCCUGGACCUGCCGGUCCUGCGGGACCUCCGGGUCUUGCCGGACAAGUUUCCACUUUAGUUGAAGGAGGUUAUUAUGCAGGAGUUCAUGGCCCUAGAGGAGUGCCAGGGGUACCGGGAAUUCCGGGAGAAAGAGGCGCAGCAGGAGAUCGAGGACCAGAAGGACCUAGCGGUCAACCGGGAAUGCCAGGGAAAGACGGAUCUCCAGGUUUUCCAGGCUCACCUGGACAGAGAGGGCAACCAGGGCUUCCAGGAAUCGAAGGGCAACCUGGCAGGAGUUACGCCGAAUCGGAAAUUCGUGAUAUUUGCGCUGCCGUUCUAAGAGAUCAACUAGCCGAAUUAUCAGCUGCACUUAUUGGUCCUCCUGGUCAUCCAGGCAUAUCCAAACCUGGCAGGCCUGGACCACCGGGCAUUCCUGGGCCACAAGGAAUCCCCGGUCAAUCAGGAUUACCUGGCGAUAGAGGAUUUAUGGGUCUGCCUGGAGCGGCUGGACCUCCCGGAUCGAUAGGCAUGCCUGGUGAGAAGGGUGAAAAGGGAGAUAGAGGAGAAGAAGGCGUCGGAAUUGAGGGUCCAUCAGGACCGAGAGGUCCUGAAGGUCCUCCCGGAAGUCCAGGAGAAGGAAUCGCGGGAAGAGCUGGUGAAAGAGGUGAACCAGGCCGAGCAGGAGCUCCAGGUGCGCAAGGAUUGCCCGGUCCUCAAGGACCUCCAGGAUAUUGCGAGUUUUGCAAUAACUACGCUCAAAACUAUCAGCAAAUGUAUGCUGCAUAUGUGGCCGCAAGGAAUGGCGGCAAUAACAAAGGCCCUUGAAUAUAUGGCUGAUAUUUAAUUAAAUGCUUUGAUACCUCAGUUUGUCAUUUAGAAACCCUGUAACAAUACAAUGAAUUUAUUUAUGAUUUUGAAGCAGUGUUAAUUACGACAUUGCAGCAAAACAACACGUUGCGGUACCGUAAUUCGAGGUAUAGUAAUAAAUGAUGAGAAUGGACAUAUGGUCACUGUCUAUUAAUUGUUGGAAGUACUCAAAGAUUACGGAACUUAAAUGGUGAUUAGUAAACGUUAAUAAAAAAUAAAUUAGCCUCAUACUUAGCUGGAAAGGAAAUCUGUAAAAGAUUUUCAUUCGUAGCAAUAACCACAAUUUUAAUAAUAAAAAAUUACAAAGAAGCAUAAAUGUAUUGAUUAUUUCUUCGUUUACUGUGCAUUAUCUGGUGCAUUUGAACUUGGCUUCGUCAAGCAGUGUAUUUCAAUGUUUGUUGUUUUGUCGUGUCCCAUUUUAGAUUAAAAUUAACAAUAUUCUCCUGGUGUGUCUUAAAAUAAUUUAUUAUCAAAAAAGGGAAGUUAAACUGCGCUUUUUGUGAAACAAAUACAUAUUUUCAGUAAAAAAUCGGUCUUAAAGUUUUAAAAAAUGAGGUUAAAUAAUUGAUAGAACGAGGCGACCCAUCAAUGCCAAACUAGGCCACAGAUAAGAGCGGGAAACUGAAGAAUACGAAUAUGAAGCAAAUGAUCUUAAAUACCAAGGAGCCAUUAUUGAUAACGAACCAAAUGAAAUGUAAGUUAAUAUCAUGGAGUCUCCAGGACUGGAAAAAUGAAUUAGAUACUAAAUUGCUGAAGUUUCGAUGUGGAAAAAAUGAAUAUACAGAGGAACCGCAAUGGGAGUCAAAAACUGUAGUUAAGUCUGCAACGUUACAAGAUUUUUUAAAUAAUAUUAAUUCCAACGAAACUGAAUGGUGGUAUUUUGAUUAUAAAUAUAUGUUCGAAUGGUUUAAUGAGAACGACAAUUUUAAAGAA